AUGUCCUCCCUCGAGAACGCCCUCGUGGAGAACGAGAUCUCCCCGGAGAUCCUCGCCAUGACCGACGGCGAGCUCCGUCGCCGGAUCAACGACAUCGAUGACGCCACGCAGUCCAUGCAGAACCAAAUCAAUGCCAUGGACAACGAGCGUAGCGGCAAGAUGGAGAUCCUGAACGCCAACCGGUCGCGCAUCCGCGUGAACAAGCAGAUGCCCUACCUGGUGGCCAACGUGGUGGAGGUCCUGUCGCCGGCCGACCUGGCCGCGGCCGCCGACGAGAUCGACGGCGAGGCGGACGGCCCGGACGACGGGGCGCACGUCAACGAGGAUGACAACCGCGACCACAAGUCGGCCGUGGUCAAGACCAGCACCCGGCAGACGGUGUUCCUGCCGAUCGCCGGGCUGGUGGACCCGGAGUCUCUGCGCCCGGGCGACCUGGUCGGCGUCAACAAGGACAGCUUCCUCAUCCUGGACACGCUGCCGCCCGAGUAUGACCCCCGUGUGAAGGCCAUGGAGGUGGAUGAGAAGCCGACUGAGGACUACAGCGAUGUCGGCGGCCUCGAGAAGCAGAUCGAGGAGCUGGUCGAGGCGGUGGUCCUGCCAAUCACGCACAAGGACCGCUUCGAGAAGCUGGGCAUUCGGCCGCCCAAGGGCUGCCUGCUGUACGGGCCGCCCGGGACCGGGAAGACGCUGAUGGCGCGCGCGUGUGCGGCCCAGACGAACUCCUGCUUCUUGAAGCUGGCCGCGCCGCAGCUGGUGCAGAUGUUCAUCGGUGAUGGCGCGAAGCUGGUGCGCGAUGCCUUCGCCCUGGCCAAGGAGAAGGCCCCGGCCAUCAUCUUCAUCGAUGAGCUGGAUGCCAUCGGUACCAAGCGCUUCGACUCCGACAAGUCCGGCGACCGUGAAGUCCAGCGGACCAUGUUGGAGUUGCUCAACCAGCUGGACGGCUUCAGCAGCAAUGACCAGGUGAAGGUGAUCGCCGCCACCAACCGCAUUGACAUCCUGGAUCCGGCGCUCCUGCGCUCCGGGCGUUUGGACCGGAAGAUCGAGUUCCCCCACCCGAACGAGGAGGCCCGUGCGCAGAUUCUCAAGAUCCACUCGCGGAAAAUGACCGUCCACCCGGGGGUCAACUACGAGGAGCUGGCCCGGUCGACGGAGGACUUCAACGGCGCCACCCUGAAGGCCGUGUGCGUGGAGGCCGGCAUGAUCGCCCUGCGGAGGGGCGCCUCCGAGAUCCACCACGAGGACUUCAUGCAGGGUGUCCAGGAGGUCCAGGCCAAGAAGAAGGCCACGCUCAACUACUUUGCUUGA